CAGCAGUAGCUGUAGUCGUCUAAAAUAAAACUGUUGCAAGCAAAAGCGGUUCUUGUUAAGCAAAAAGGUGAUUCAUAACAGUAAAAAUAAAGAUCGCAAUAUGUGUAUUUAGUGUCUGAGCAGCGGCGACGCGAACGUUUUGAUUUAGCGGACGAUGCACAGCGUUCAAAGAUAUAUAACAAAAUGAAUGAUGAGAAUACCGAGUGCAGUGCUUCAGUGUCCGCCAACACCGAAUUGGAAUCUGUACAGCAGGACAAGAAGGGCACAGCCAUUGAGAAGUGCUCCAAAUGGUUGGAGGAAUGCUCCUUGGACGAUACCGAAUCAAUCUCUACAUGUGAUACCUCCGACUUGACAUCGGAAUGCUCGACAUUCGACGAUUCCCUCAGCUACGAUUCCAAAGGCAUCGCUUCAAUAAACGCAAUUAAAACUAAUGGAGAUUACAAUAUAGAUUCGCAUCAGUUGGGAACGUUGGUUAGCGCGUCAAACAAUAUUUAUCAAAAUGUUACUAUAAACAAAUCAAAGAAGGUGCAUUUAGGUAACAUCACUUACAUCAAUGGACCGAUCUAUCUUAAUCAGCCUAAUGAUAACUUGAAGUCUAUAUCUGUAGCUGCAAUUGAAGCUCCAACUAAAAAAACUUACACGAAAGUUAGAUUAAUCGAUAGAAAGAAUUGGCUAGCCCAACCUUCGCUUUCAGAAUGCGAGAAAUUGUCAGAACCUGCCAAAUACGUGAUCAUCUGUCAUUCGGCUACUGAAGACGGAAAAACGCACGCAGACAACAUCCUUUUAGUACGAUUGAUCCAACAAUUUCACAUAGAAAGUAGAAAUUGGGGCGACAUCGGAUACAACUUUCUGAUCGGUUCGGAUGGAAGCACGUACAUGGGUCGAGGCUGGGGUGUGCAGGGCGCUCACACAAUCAGGUACAACCGAUUUUCGGUGGGAAUCUGCUUUGUCGGUUGUUUCAUCAACAUGUUGCCACCGGAAGUUGCGCUCGAACAGGCGAAGGCCCUCAUCGAGCAGGGUGUAGAAGUCGGUGCUAUUGAUCCGAACUAUUCCUUGCUCGGACACAGCCAGUGCAUUUCGACGGAGAGUCCUGGCCGCAUGCUUUUCGACGAGAUCAGAACUUGGAAAAACUUUGAUCCGACCGUCAGCGUGCAGAUACCGUCCCCUUUGAUUAGAUAAUUACCCGACAAAGUUCACAACUCGCAUCAUCAUUUACUAAUUAACUGCUGUUUUCUCAUCCAGUUUCAAAGAAGACAUAUUCUUAAGUUGUUCAAACAACAACUUUCAACAACAUUCAGAAUUUAUAAU